UCCAGUCUAGUAGGUGGCGGUAAUGCAACAUUUACUGGAUGCCAAACGCCGUUAAGCCUCAUCAAAGAAGAAGAUACCAAAGAAGCAGAACACUUCCUGGGCACUCGGCUAUUAUUAUGCACGCUCCAUGUGUUGAGAACGUUCAAAUGGGUCUGUCUGGCUGUUACAUGUCUGCUGACGUGACGAGCCUCCACUACCCAACAUUAGCUAAUUGAAAAGGAACCUAACACGACUUGGAAAGGAAUUGGUUGUCCUCUCUCUUAGGUUUGCUAGCGUAUUAUUCCAACCUGAAUAGCCGAGUAGAUAGCUAAGCUAACAGUCGCUAUACUAGGCGGAUUUAGACAGAAACAUGGCUACGGUUUCAAUCCCUGCUAAUACUACCGCACUUUUGCUGGAUAUUGAAGGAACCACGACACCAAUAACGUUUGUAAAGGACAUUUUAUUCCCAUACAUCAAAGAUCAUCUUGAAGAGCAUCUGUCUGCGCAUUGGGAAGAAGAUGAAUGCAAACAAGAUGUGCAUCUCCUGAAGAAACAGGUUGAGGAGGACCUGCGUCUGAACAGAGCAUGUGCGCAGCACGCCCUGGACCAGUCUGGGCACACGGACGAGGAGAAAGCCAUCAGGGAGGUGGUGGACAACGUGCUGUGGCAGAUGGCUUCGGACAGGAAGACCACGGCCCUGAAACAGCUGCAGGGACACAUGUGGAGGGCGGCCUACGCUGCUGGGAGAAUCAAAGGCGAGGUGUACCAGGACGUGGUUCCAUCCAUCAGGAGGUGGAGACGGCAGGGCCUGAAGGUCUAUAUCUACUCCUCUGGCAGCGUGGAAGCCCAGAAACUACUGUUUGGAUACUCUGUAGAGGGAGACGUCCUAGAUCUAUUUGAUGGCCACUUCGACACCAACAUAGGCGCUAAAGUAGAAAGUAAGAGCUAUGAGAGAAUUGCAGAGAGAAUGGGCUGCCUGUCUGAGGAAAUCAUGUUCCUGACAGAUAUCACACGGGAGGCUAAGGCAGCGGAGGAUGCGGGUGUGAACGUGGCGGUGGUGGUGCGGCCGGGGAACAUGGAGCUGACGGAGGAGGAGAGGUCACACUAUAACCUCAUUACAACUUUCAGCCAACUAGAAGUGACGGGCGGCGUUUAACACUGGAGGGGGAGAGAUGCUGCCGUUCGAAUUCUGCCCUUUUCCUCCUCAGUGUGCACUCAUUGACCCCCCCCCCCCCCCCCUUGUGGAUGUAAAGGUACUGGAUAAGUGUACGCAUGGGAGGUUUCGCCAUAUAUCUAACAUCUUUUUGUUUUUAAAUGCAUGAGGGGGAGUAAUGAGCGUACACUUGGGAGAAAAUCGGAACACCGCUAGAGAGAGGGAGAACACUUCCUCACUAGCCCCGUUCAAUCAUGUUCCCUAGCCUCUUCCCCUAGCACCUGGUGCCCCUUGGGUCUUAUCAAAGAACUGGAAUGGUAAAAGCAAAGCGAUUGACGCUCCUUUUUAAGCCUAUUGGAGAGCCAGGUGGAGCUAUUGCUUUCUCCUAUCUGGUCCUUACAGACUGAAGCGGAGUGGGCUAUGGGAAGAAGCUACUAACCGAAAUUGAACCGGGCCACUCUCAUAAGAACUGUUUGUCCAAGGGGAAUGGGAGGGUCGGCCAUUGAUCCAAGGAUUUUGGGAGCGCACUAAAAGGGGAGCCUGGGUGUCAGUCUGUUUCUGCUCUAGCCAACAUGUCGUUGUCUUAGCCAGGUAACAGUGUAGCGUUGUUGAACACAGAAACAGUCGGGUAUCUAGGCUACACACCGGGUGGGCACCAAGAGUCGUACCAGUCUGCAGACUGCACAUUUUAAGGGACCUCCCAGGGUUUCUUUCGCCUUUUUUAAGCAUUUUAAAUAAAAACCAUAUUUAAGUUG